GAACACGGGGCUCAGACCCCGCAGGGAGCCGGGGCCCUUCCCGCCUCCGCCCCGCAACCCCUCUCCGCCAGUAGCAGCGCAGCUAUCUUCCCACAGGAGCAUUGGGAGGACGCUGGAGUCUGCAGCGCCCCCGCCCCCUCGCUUUUUCUUUCUUUCCCUGCUUUGGGAUCUUGCUGUCUGGAGCCGGGAGAGGUUCCGAGAAGGAGAGCGAGGGGUGCGAGCGCAGGUUUCUGCCGCGGCGCGCGAACGGAGCUGGGGGCGCAGCAUCCUCAGCGUCCACCCGGGAUCACAGCUGCACUGGCGGACAUGUGACGGAGGAAAGCCCCUCGCAUCCUCUGCCGCCGCCUUCAAAGGGUCCCAGAGCGCUCGCCGAGGCCGGCAGCCGGAGCCUCUUUCCUAGCAGCGGUGCGGGACGGGAGCGGCGAGGCACACCGGCUCGCGGGUUCCAGGCUCGCACUCUGGAAAGAGCGCAGCGGGGACCACCGCCUGGCUCGCAGUCGGCACAACUCCGAGGCCAGCAGAGCGCGGCUGGACUGCGUCCAGAUUCCCGCCGACUUCAACCAGAGUGAUCCGCCGCUCCAGCCAGUCCCUCUGCACCGCCUGGAGUUCCAGAUUGCCCGGAAUCUGCGCCAACCCACACGCCCAGGUCCCCGCAACGCCCUGGGCCGGAUGGAGAGCGCGCCUGCAGCUGAUCCCUGACAGCUGACGCCGCCCCCGCCGUCCGAGCUGCACACCGAGGUCUCCCACCCCGCGGCUAGUCCUUGCUGGAGGGUGCGGGGUGCCCGAGACGCUGGGGAGCGCGCACCAUGAAGUCGGCGCUGUGCAGCCGCUUCUUCAUCCUCCUGCCCUGGAUCCUGAUCGUCAUCAUCAUGCUGGACGUGGAUCCCCGCAGGCCCGCGCCCCAACUCACUUCGCGCCCCUACUUCUCUCCCCACACAGUGGGCUGCGGGGGCUCCCGAGUCCCGCUCCGACGGGGCAGCCUAGGGCGUGACGCUGCCGAGAAGCGCAACGAGUCCCGGCCUCCGUUGCAGCCGGAGCCGCGGUUGCCCACCAUCUAUGCCAUCACGCCCACCUACAGCCGCCCGGUGCAGAAAGCCGAGCUGACCCGCCUGGCUAACACGUUCCGCCAGGUGGCGCAGCUGCACUGGAUCCUGGUGGAGGAUCGAGCCACACGCAGCGAGCUGGUGAGCAGCUUCCUGGCGCGGGCCGGGCUGCCCAACACGCACCUGCACGUGCCCACACCGCGGCGCUACAAGCGGCCGUGGCUGCCGCGCGCCACCGAGCAGCGCAACGCGGGCCUCGCCUGGCUGCGCCAGAGGCACCAGCACCAGAGCGCGCAACCCGGGGUGCUCUUCUUCGCCGACGAUGACAACACCUACAGUCUGGAGCUCUUCCAGGAGAUGAGGACCACCCGCAAGGUCUCCGUCUGGCCUGUGGGCCUAGUUGGUGGGCGACGCUAUGAACGUCCAUUGGUGAAAAAUGGCAAAGUUGUCGGCUGGUACACCGGGUGGAGAGAAGACAGGCCUUUUGCCAUCGACAUGGCGGGCUUUGCUGUGAGUCUACAAGUCAUCUUGUCCAAUCCUAAAGCUGUAUUUAAGCGCCGUGGAUCCCAGCCAGGGAUGCAAGAAUCUGACUUUCUGAAGCAGAUAACAACAGUUGAAGAACUGGAACCAAAAGCUAGUAACUGCACCAAGGUUCUCGUGUGGCACACUCGAACAGAGAAGGUCAAUCUAGCCAAUGAGCCCAAGUCCCACCUGGACACAGUGAACAUUGAGGUGUAGCCGCCAAGACCAGCAGGUGUAGAAGGGGAAGUCUGGAGUUUAGGCUGCAGCUCAUUCAGGUAUUGUUCCUUUUUCUUCAGUCUUUCCUGGCAGCCGAUGGACAUCUGGUUAAACAGCUAACUGGAUGCUACAAAAUGUGUUGUCUCCAUUUGUUCUGCAUGUGUUCUCAAAAACUUAACUGGGAAGAUUUUUGUACAAUGAACUACAUGACACUGAAAAAAAAAACUGAGUAUCUCAUGUAUUGCUGCUCCCUCCCUCCAGCCAUCUCAUAAAUGAUGGAACAGGCUUUAGAACCUGAUGAUUUUGUCAACUAGACCAUUUUGUCAACUAAACAGUCCCAUUUCUAGGCUCCACAACAUGAAAUAUUUGGAAAGGUGGUGGCAGUGUACACUGUAGAAAAUAAAACCCACAAAUAAAAAAGGUGUGUGGAUUCAUCUGUUUAAUAUAGGGAAAUAACAUUUUGUCAAUACUAGGCACCAUAAAAUGUAAACACAAUUACUGUCAUAAGCCUGGAUAUACGUUCAAGGAUUAAAAGUGGCUUUGUUUUAGUUACCCUGUGUGCAUAUAGUGCAGAAAAAAGGUCUUCAUGAUAGCACUAUGUACAUGAGAGGAGGUCCAAAUUACAAGAGGCAGCAAAAAUCUGAAUUCUUGAAACCUUCAUCAGUUUGACAGUAACAUCCAGGUUUAUCUUCCUUUCACUAACCACAUUCCCUGUUAAGCACAUCGUAACAACAGCACAGUGAAGUGAGUGAUGGAGAAAAGAAUUUGAUACACUAGAAAACAGUGCUCAGUGAUACAUUUACAUUCUAUUUAUAUGAUUAGACAUUUGAUCAUACAGUACCUUCCUACAGGAUUACUGGCUAAUUUGGGGUUGGGGUUUAUACUGUUAGAAGUAUUACUAACAUGAUAACUACUUCCCUUAUAUGCAAACAUCAGAGCUAUAAUUUUGAGAAUAAAACCGAUUAUGCAAGUUAACUGAGCAGCUUCUCAAUGUGGCUUAUGACAUCAUGGGAAAUAUGAGCAAAGCUGCCCUCCACAGAAGAUGGUUUCUCAACCUGCUUUCACAUCUAAUUUAAUCAGCACAGACCAACACGGUCAAUCAGGUAAUUCUUAAUGUGAACAAAUGGGGUUAAAGAAAAUACAUAUGUACAUGAAUAAACGGGAACUAGAUGCCUUUGUAGUGAGGAAUGUCGGGUGUUGGUUUUGGAUGGAACUCUGUUGCAGCUUUUCACUUCCACAGUUGUGUGCUCAGAGUCUGCCCAGAUGAGCUUCCAGACCACCCUGCUGUUGUGCUGGGGGGCUGGCCAAAACCUGUGGGAGGGUUUGCACUACUGAGACUCAUGCCAGCCAUCUGCUGAUUCAUCUGUGAAACACAUAAAAGGCUUAGUUUACGAGGAUUGUUCACUUUUCACUCUUGAUUCUUAGCUUCAGACAGACAUUUCAUCAUUAAUAUGAAAAGGAGUUAAGGAAGAGAUGGAAGUAGACCACACCUAAGAAUCUCUAUUGAAUCAAAUAGCUUUGUUCCUUGUUUUUCCCUGUGUUUAGCACUACUUAGGAAGUAACCCAUACUUAAUUCACUUUCUAUAUUCAAAUUUGUAUCCCAAAAAUUAACCACAAUUGAAAAAAUACCAAAGUAAUCUUUGAAUUUGAAUGUGAGCAUAUGAGCCCAUCACUUCAAUUACAUGAGGGUAUUUCUUGGACUGAGAAAUGUUAAAAAUUUAAAACAUCUUAAAAUUACCCUAACAUUUCACAAAAUACCUGUAAUUCUCUACUAACAUCCUAAAUGGCUGUAGUAUACUUUACAACAUUAAAAAGGUCAUAUAGCAUAUGUUUUAACAGCUAAAAUUAAAUUUCAUUAUGCACUAUAAAAUAAAAGAUUACAUGUAUUUUUCUUUCAGGCUGCAGUCCAGUAUAUUUAUCAGCCUCUUAGCUAACCCAGUGGUUCUCUUACUACCAAGGCUGAUGAUGGAACAGGAAAGGCAGGAUUUACCAUAACAUAGUUCCAAGCCUACAAUCAGUGUUAAGGGUGUUCUUUUUACAGGGUUUUUAUAUGAUACAAUAACCACGUCAGCACUCCAAUGUGUCUAAAGGCAGGCAGAUCACAUCUUCCCUUCUGCUCACAGAUACUCUCAAGGCCUUGCUGACAGCACUGUGGUUCUUCACUGGCUCAUCUGUAAUUUAACCUGAGCUGAGUGAACCUCAGCAUCUUUGCCACAGAAAAGCUGUUAAUAACAUCUGGCUCUUAUAAUUUCUGAGGUUUCCAGUGCAUACACAUGUAGUUCAUGUAUUCCAAUAAACCACAAUGGUAAGAUAUUUGGUGACUUUGCUAAUGUUAGAAAUCACUCUGAAGGUGAAACUUCUGGUCUUACAGAAACCAAGACCAUGAUGAUGCAGGAAAGGGAAUGCUAACAUGAACAUUAAUUCAAAAGCCUCUGUCUGUAGAGCUACAGAAGUCAGAACAACAUUCAAUACAGAAAUGUUACUCUUUGGCUUAAAACUAACCCAGAGAGACAUGAAUUUAUCAGUGACUACCUGAGGUAAGCAGUCCCUAUGAUGACAUAGGGACUCUUGAGCUAAUGGAUUGUUCCUCAUAAAAUCACAGGCAGUAACCAUAUGACAGAGACAGCCUUGAUCCCUCAUUAAACUGUGCUUUGAGAAUAUGAAGCUGGAUUUCUUUCUCAUUGGUAAGAGUUAAGCAAAAAGGAUCCAAGCUUACUUACUGGUAGAGACAGACUGGUCUAAGUGGACUUUUAAAAGAACCCACCCAGGAGCAGAAUAAGCUGGUACUAAGCCUUACAGGUAGCAGAAGAGGAUGUGGUGUCUCUCAUAUGCUGUGAAAGAUAACUUCUAGGUAGUACAGGUAGAUUAGGCACGUACACCAUUACAACAUUAUUACAGGCUGAAAUGGGAAAAGGAAAAUCCUAACAUUUAUUUACAGAAUACUCUUAAAGUAAGGACAGUAACAAGUCAUUUAUCUAGCUGAUAAAACCUCAUGACAUCUAUAAACACUUGGAUCUAAUCAAACUUAUCUCUAGUCAAUCCUUUUGCUACAUAUUAGAUUUAAAAACAAACUACUCAUAAUAUACAUAUAGUCUCUUGGAUUUUGAGAUGAUAGACAGUUUAUGAGCCCUACCUGUGAGAGGUUCCACUGAGGCUGCUGAGCUUGUGGCAUGCCAAACUUACUCUGCGGUGCACCCAUUUGUCCUACCAUUCCUCCUUGAGGGCCAACAACAUUCUGAGGAAGUGGCAUCACUCCAGUCUGUGCAUUUCCCAUAAACCCAUUGGGCAUGGGCAUGCCCACCAUCAUGCUUGUAUUCUGUCCCAUCAUAUUUCCUAUGAGACCGGGAGCCGCAGGCACUGGUACGCCCAUGGAAGGAAAACCUUGAAAUGCAGUUGCUGCUUGUGAGGUAAAUGGUAUAUUUGUGGAUCCCAUAAACACACCUGUAUUGUAAGAACCAUGAAUUAAAACAAACCAACAAACCAAAAUACAAAACAAAACAGAUCAAGGAGAGGCUCUUGUAUAUGCCUGCACUCAUCUCCAGAUACAGAAAUGGGUCAUAAAACAACCCACACCUCAACCUUGAGAGCCUGUUAGUUCCAUAAUGCAGACAGAUGUACAUCUAUUGUGAAAGCCAAAUCACAACCUGAGAUGCUGCUCCUGCUGACUGGCACCACUGCUCUCUCACAAAACAACCAGGCAGGAAGAGAGGUGGUUAUUUGCUUUUAAGAGGAAGUAGGUAAGUGGCUACGCAGUUUCAGUGUAUAUAUGAGAUGAGCUUAUUUUGGAGAAAAGGGUCUGAUGGAUUAAAACUGAAUGAAUUGUAUGCUUAUAUUUCACUAUAAUGAUAAGGCAUUUCCAAGUUUUGCAUCAUUUUAUAUAUAUAAUUUCUGACUGCUUGUUUUAUUUGUUUGCCUGAAGAGGAAAUAGAGUGUACACAAAGUCAAACUUCAUGUAAAUCAAAUUCCAAUAAUUCUUCAAAGAUAAUUCAUGUCCUAUAAACUUGUAGAACAAUAUUAAGUGAUUUGUGAGCAACCUGUCAAGUCUCAAAUGAAUAAAGUUUUGUGACUCCUAUA